AUGGUCCACCAUAUCUUCAGGGGCGUCACAACAUAUUCCUCGAACAGACGCCCUGGUCGCUACCCCAUCGUGGUCGAUCCCACGGUACAGAGCAUCCGACUGGGUUACGUACUAGUCAAUGGAGGGAGUUCCAUCAACCUCCUCUUCGCCGACACGCUUGAUGCCCUGCAUAUUCUAAGGAAUGUCUUGAAACCAUCUCCUCCAUUAUUUGGAAUCACCCCAGGCUCCUCCGCCAAUCCGUUAGGGCAAAUCGAGCUUCUCGUCACCUUUGGCUCACCGAGUAACUUCAGGACCGAAAGGAUUCUGUUCGAUGUGGCGGACUUCGGGACUGCUUACAAUGCGAUCCUGGGGUUACUAACAAUGGUCCAGUUCAUGGUCGUCGCCCACUACACAUACCAGGCAAUCAAGAAAUCUGGUUCGACGGGGGCCAUCACUGCUUUUGGCAACGCAAAGAUGGCUCUACACUACGACAAGAGGAGCCUCGACAUGGUCGAGCUGACUCCCAAGUUGCAGCCCGAGGACACCGGGCCUAGUGGUCGCCCAAUGAAUGUCUAUGUCCUCUCUAGUCCAGACGAUCGGCUCAAGGCAGUUUGCCUAGAUGAGGCUGACCCGUCCAGGAUGGUCCAAAUAGUGAUUGGUCUGGACCCCAAAUAG